AUGAAGGCCGCUCCAUUGCUCGUCGCCUGGCACGACGACAACGCCGCCAUCUACUCGGCCCACUUCGAGUCCCACGGGAAGGGCCGCCUGGCCACUGCCGGCGGCGACAACAACGUCCGGCUCUGGAAGGUUGAAGCUUCCGGCGAGGACCGCAAGGUCACCUACCUCUCCACCCUCGUCAAGCACACCCAGGCCGUCAACGUCGUCCGCUGGUCCCCGCGAGGCGAGCUCCUCGCCAGCGCCGGCGACGACGGCAACGUCCUGCUGUGGGUUCCGUCCGAGACCCAGACCCAUCGCCCCUUUGGCGAAGACGGCCUGGACGACAAGGAAACAUGGCGGGUGAAGCACAUGUGCCGGUCGUUGGGCUCCGAGAUAUACGACCUGGCGUGGUCGCCGGACGGCGCCUUUUUCAUAACCGGCAGCAUGGACAACGUCGCCCGCAUCUACAACGCCCAGAACGGCCAAAUUGUGCGCCAGAUCGCCGAGCACAGCCACUACGUCCAGGGCGUGGCCUGGGAUCCGCUGAAUGAAUUCGUCGCGACGCAAUCUUCCGACCGCUCGGUGCACAUCUACACAUUGAAGACGAAGGACGGCCAAUUCUCCCUGGCACAGCACGGUAAGGUGACCAAGAUGGACCUGCCCGCUCGCCGCGUGUCGAACAGCAGCCCUGCUCCCCCAGACCUGGGGUUGGGGGGAAGCAGUCGAGCUUCGUUUGUAGGAGAAGGCUCCGCUCCGGCCAUUGGAUCCCCGACUCCCUCUGCGCCGGGCACGCCCGCGUCGCUGGCGCUGCCCAUGAACCCUCCCACUUCACACAGCCGCCGCUCGUCCUUUGGCUCGCAGUCCCGCCGCUCCGUCUCCCCCGCUCCGUCGUCAAUGCCGCUUCCUGCGGUCAUGCCGUCGACGUCGCCGAAUAUUCAUGCUGGAUUGGCGGUCCGCAACGCAAACAUAUACGCGAACGAGACCCUCACAUCGUUUUUCAGGCGCCUCACUUUUGCCCCCGAUGGCAGUCUCCUCUUCACUCCAGCCGGUCAAUACAAGACAUUGAAUGCUGGGAAUUUCGACGGGUCCAAGGCGGACGACAGCAUAAACACAGUGUACAUCUACACACGAGCCGGUCUCAACAAGCCUCCGAUUGCCUAUCUUCCAGGCCACAAGAAGCCGUCCAUUGCGGUACGAUGCUCACCGGUCUACUACCAACUACGAGAUUCGCCUCCGCCCACGAAGCAAAUCACGAUUGACACGUCCUCUGCCGAGGAGGAAAUCCCUUCUUUGCCCGAGCCGGCGAUCCCUUCAAAGCCACCGCGAUCGUCGUCUUCGAUGGACCCGCCGCCCAUUACUAGCGCUCCCUCCCCGUCUCCUAGUGCGGCGGCGGCCUCGCCAAGACCCGAGUCUGAGAACGGUGCCGCAGCAUCUCCCGUACCCUCAGGUCCUCCAACGGCAUUCAGCCUUCCGUAUCGCAUGGUCUACGCGGUUGCUACGCAGGAUGCUGUGCAUAUUUACGACACGCAGCAGCAAAAGCCCUUGUGCAUUGUCAGCAACCUUCACUUUGCCACAUUCACCGAUCUUGCCUGGUCCACGGACGGCAGCACACUUCUGAUGACAUCGUCUGACGGGUUCUGUUCCUGCCUCACCUUUGCUCCGGGUGAGCUCGGACAGGUGCAUCCGGGGCCGGCGAAGCACCACCCGGCCGCGAUCAACACCACCGCCACCAUAUCGUCGAACCAAUCCACACCGACCCCCACGCCCACACAGGCCUCCGCGCCGUCGGUCCCGAAACCCUCGAGCUCCGGCUCCGGGUUCCCGGCGUCGCCCUCCUCCUUCGCCCCCGCCCGACCGGCCAGCCCCGCCCGCUCCAUGUCCGCCUCGUCGGUCGCGACGCAGGGCUCGUUCGCCCCCGGGCCCGACCCGAACGUCACGCUCAACCAGCAGACGCCCUCGAUGGGCGCGGUGCCCGGCGUCGCCGCGGCGAAUUCGGGCCCCGUCGGCCAGGUGCCCAUGUGGACGCCGCCGCACACGCCCAUGCCCGGCACGCAAGGAGGCGGGGGGACGCACAGCGCGGCCAGCUCGGUCAGCGGCGCCGGCGGCGUCAACCCUCUGCCCGGCGGUCGGCGCGAGAGCGAGUCGGAGAAGGAGGAAGCAUCAUCGUCCACCGCGGAACCGUCGAAGAAGAGGGAAAGCGAGAAGGGCGGCGAGAAAGGGCCGGAGCCGAAGAGGAGGAGGAUCGCGCCGACGUUGGUCAGCGCCGCCGCGGAUGAUGAUGAUGAUGAUGAUGAUGGCACGGCGCCUGCCGCCGCGCAGCAACAGCAACAGCAACAGCAACAGCAACAGCCGCCGCCGCCGCCGCCGCCUGCGGGCUCUUCUUCUGCUGAGUGA